AUGGCUACGUUCAACCCCCAUAACGAGAUGGAGAACCAGGCACGUGUACAGGAGUACAAGGUUUCCACCGGCAGAGGCGGAGCCGGCAACAUCCAUAAGUCUAUGUCCAAGCCGUCUCCCGUACUUCUUCCUUUGAAAUCCAACUCAAAGCCAGCAGCAAACAACAACAACAAUGGGAGCACACAGGAAAAGGUUCCGCGUUUUGCAAUUGGCAGGGGCGGUGCUGGCAAUAUCUUUCAUGAUCCGCACCUGACGAGAUCCGCCCAACAACUAGACUCCAACGAUAAUAUCAACUAUAACGAUGUGAUUGAUGACAUUGACGAUUAUAUCUCCCCUAUAACUUCAGAUAUGGUCGAUGAAGAUGGGCCAAACGCGGUGACAAACACCAGGUCUCGUAUCAGCGCGACAAGGAGCCACCAAUCUUUGCACGCUUCCACUUCGUCUCCCAACAACAAGGCCCCAAUUGUCGUUGGUAGAGGCGGGGCAGGAAACAUUUUCUUUAACAAAAAGAAGGUAUCCAGCAAUGGUGGAAACGAAGAGGACGAGAUACGAGGCGGUAAUGUUGAGGAUGAGGAUACGAUCAAUGCAAACGAGGACAAUUUGUUCGUGGUGACUUCGAACGGCAAUGCAUUGGCGGCAAUAAAGUCUACAUCCAAGAAACCCAAAAAUAAGCACAAGGGCAAAAGCGUGCCGGAAAAAUUUGCCAUUGGAAGAGGCGGCGCUGGGAACAUAAUUUCGCCCAAGUCGAGCAGGAACACUAUAAACCACAACUCAAACGAUGAUGAUGAGGAUGAAGUUAAUCUGAAAGACGACAAUAGUAAAGAAAAGAAGAAGAAGAAGAAGAAAAAGAAAUCGGGGUUUUUCAAUUCUUUGAAAACUAUGUUUAAUUGA